UGUGUAGAAAUGCGAGUUUUAUGUAUGGAUAUACACGCUGCAUGCCCUGAAAGGGUUCUGUGAGCACUUAAUAUUCCCUGUGUUGUGUUUAUGUUGAACACAAAACUAGAAUGCACGAGAGAUAUGGCUUCUGCAAGGCUGCAACAUUUCUUUGGUCUUUGAGAAGCGACCAAACAUUACAUUUUGCCGCAGUUAAUUUAAUUCCUUUUAAAAGGCACUGCCCUCACAUUAACUCAAGCGGCGCCUAAGGCUUCGUUCUCUUUAGUACAUAUAUUGCGUACCAACCCUAUCGUCUCUGCCUCUCCAUGCGCGUCGUUCUUCCCAGACAGACGCACGCUAUUGCGAACCCUGCUCUGGUUUCCCAUCCAACGCUUUAUAAAACCACUGCAACCUGCCAGGCCAAAUCAUAGGCGCAAGCGAAUUAGAAUAAAAAAAACGAAAAGGCAAAAUGUGCAAUCUAUUACACGUGAUACAAUGUAGUCGGAAUCCUCAAUUGAAAGCUGAAAGAUAGCUUCAUUAAAGUUGCACAUGUCCAAUUAAUAACUGUGCCGGGUUACUAAUCCAUGCAAAAAAAAACGCAAUUGGAAAUUACUGGGUGCAGAGUGGGAUGACAGUGACGAACGACGGUAAUUGUAUUUUAUUUAAUUAGUGAAAACUGUGAUGGCUAAAAUGCAUUGCUAUUAAACACAAGCUGCACCGCCAACUAGUCGAAUGAGCGCGUACAAGUGUACAACGAUAGGAGAGAAACAUCACUGCUAUCGCAACGAUAUCAGCGGUGACGGGACAUGGCUAUGACCAACACCUACGUGAGAUGCCCUGUGAAACAGUUCCCUAAACAUUACAUCAGUCAAACGAGCUGGGAUCGCCGCACGCUGGGCCAACGAUGCUCCCGGUGGGGAGCCAGUAACACGUGCUGCCGCAUUCAUAAGCAGAAAAGCGUUGCUUAUUUAGCUGCGGCAGUACCCUGGGCAAACACACACACACUCCGAACACUCGCCUCGGUAACAAUAAAUAGUACGAAUACACAAAACUUUAAUUACGAUUCCCCGGGGUGAUUUCGUAAAAAAAAAAAAACCUAUGUUGAUACCCGGCACACCUUCGAAGCAGUUUUUUUAAAGUUAACGCUUUUUCGAUAGAUAUAUGAACGAACAAAUAAAUUAAAAAAAAACCAGUGUACUCGGUGAUUGACAGAUGGGAACACUGGGUGUGUCUAUUUUCGAUAGGACCCCUUGGUGGUUGUGCUCGCAUGCGAGUCGCGUCCACGUGUCACGCGGAGGACGCUGGGUGGAUGGGCGAGCGAGCGAGCGAGAAGGCUAUCACCGCCGUUGGCGCUGCUCGCGGUGCUGGUGGUGGUCCUGAAGUGGACAGCGCCCGGGUCCCUGUAAUGUAACGCAGAGGAGCGCUGUAAAAUAUGUAUGAGAUGGGCAGGCAGAGGGAGGCUGUGGGAGUAGUGUGUGUGAGCUUCGGGCUCCUCCUUCCCUCGAGUCGGUUGGCGUUAAGGAACGGUCCGGUUGCGUUUCAAUAAUCUUAGCUCCCCCCCUCCACCACCUCCCUAACCCCCACGUCCAACCCCACACUCCCCCUCUCUCAUUUCUGCCGUUACCGCCCCGGCGGCGCGAAGUGACAAGCGGAUAGAAAAAUACAUAAACAAAUACUCAACAGCAGAGAUCAGCUGUCAGUUCGUCGUCCCUGCCCAGAUCGCCCUCUCUAAACAUUUCUGCGCGGCGUGGCUCUGCAAGAACUGCGUGAACGGCAGAAGCAGCGCAGGCUGCGGUGCGAACGAGCGGUCGCGUUUUUAGUUGAAGGUUUUAUUUAUUUACUCGUUUGCUCUUCUGAGCGAGGUGGAGGGGGCUGCUGAAACGUCGAGCGACAAAAUCGCCCCCUCCCGCUCCCCGCCUGUAUGCGCGCCGUCUCAGUGUAGCAGCCAAGGCGGGCACUCCUUCACAGGGCACCAGCGGGCAGCGCUAGCACCGCGUUUGUUCAGCUCCAGGGAGAAGCGCAAGCCGUCUCAACUUUACUCAUUCAUCAAAGGGGUAAAUGGAAUUAAAUUAUCCAUCAACGUUUAAUUAACUCUCCGUGGACAAAAGGAGGAUACAACGUUUCGUGGGGCUUCUGUGCAAGUUUUUUUUGAAGAUCCUGAACUACAGAGAAAAUAUCUUUUUUAUUAAAGAUGUUCUCGAGUAGGAUCGGGACAGCAUUACUCAUCUCUGAGCUCUGCGUGGCAUUUCUGCCACGUCUGGCUGGAGCAAACAGGCCACCAACGUUUCUGAAUAGUUUCUUUGGAGGGUUUAUCCCUGUUUCAGAAGACACGUUAGUCGGAACUUCCAUUGCCCAGCUGAGUGCCACUGACCCCGACGACGACCCACUGGCGUACGCGAUCACGGGAGAAGACGGAAACUUCUUCUUCCGCGUGAACAGCUACACGGGGGUUGUCACCGUCAAACACGCCCUUGACAGAGAGACACGGGAAGAAAUAUUUGUGAUUUUCACUGUCACGGAUUUGCAGUCGACGAUUCCGGCAAGCGUCAAGAUUCAGGUGACAGAUGUCAAUGACAACGCCCCGUCCUUCCAGGGCCUGCCCUACCUGCAGCAGCUCCCCGAGGACACGGCUGUGGGCACGACGGUGUUCACGGUCCGCGCCACCGACCCCGAUCAGGGCAUGGGCGGCUCCGUCCUCUUCUUCUUCCAGCCGUCGUCCGACCUCUUCCGGUUGGACAGCGCGCGAGGUUUCAUCACGCUCGUGCGCUCGCUCGACUACGAGACGGCCGAGGUUCACCAACUGCGCAUCAACGCCACGGACCAGGACCAGCGGAGGCCCCUGUCCACCAUCACCAACCUCCUGGUCACAGUGCUCGACGUUCAGGACACAGACCCUUAUUUCCUGGGCCUCCCCUACAGCACCAGCGUGACAGAGAACGUGCCGCUGGGAACAUCUGUUCAGACUCUCCAAGCCAAGGAUGGGGACCGGGGAAAUCCGCGGAACGUCAGCUACUCGAUAGUGUCAGGCAACACAAAUGAUAUUUUCUACCUGGACGCUCUGAGUGGGCUGCUGAGUGUGAACGGAGCCCUGGACAGGGAGAACGUGGCAUUUACCGCUGGGCUCACGCUGCGAGUCCGGGCCACCGAGAUGCUGGGGAACGGGGCGUUGAGCAACGCGCUGGUGGAGACCGCGUUCGGGGUGACCGUCCUGGACGAGAACGACAACGCCCCGACAUUCAAUCGCUCCGAGUACGCGCUCACCGUCUCCGAGCUGGCUCAAGUCGGCUUCGCCAUGCCGCUCUUCAUCCAAGUCGUCGACAAGGACCAGGGAGUGAACAGCGACUUCACGCUGCAGCUCGUCGGACAGAACGCCGCCGACUUUUUGGUAUCGCCGGGCGCCGUGCGCGGCCGCACCGACGUCACGCUGCGCCUGGUGAACCCCCUCGACUACGAGACCUACCCAGAGUACAACCUCACGCUUUUCGCCAACGAAACGUCAGGGGAGCACUGGGGCUCGGCACGCGUGCACAUCACGCUGAUCAACGAGAACGACAACCGGCCCAUCUUCAGCCUGCCACUCUACAACGUCAGCGUGUGGGAGAACGCCACGCUGGGCACGUCCGUUGUGCAGGUCCUGGCGACCGACCUUGAUGCGGGUGUGUUUGGGCAAGUUUCUUACCACUUCAGCGAUGACUCGGAUAAGUUCUCCCUCGACCCGGCCUCGGGGUUGAUCUCGGUGGCGGCGGCGCUGGACUUCGAGGCGACGCCGCGCUUCACGGUGACGGUGAUGGCGCGGGACGGCGGCGGCCAGGAGACGGCGGGGCGCGUUCGCAUCAACCUGCUGGACGUCAACGACAACACGCCCGUCUUCCAGCGCGACUCCUACGUGGGCACGGCGCGCGAGAACGACAACUCCCUCACGCCCGUCGUGCGCGUGCGGGCGACGGACGAGGACUCCCCACCAAACAACCAGAUCACGUACAGCAUCCUGCCCACCUCUGCCUACUCCUCCUACUUCAGCAUCACCGUGUCCGGCGGCUACGGGGUCGUGACGCUGGCGCGCGCCCUCGACUAUGAGAAGAUCCCUGGGGGCACCAUCAGCCUGACCAUCAUGGCACUCGACGGCGGAUCGCCACCCCUCAACAGCACCGUCACCGCCAUCGUGGAAGUCUUCGAUGAAAAUGAUAACAGUCCCAUUUUUGACCGGAAUUCAUACAGCAUCGCUAUUCCAGAAAAUAUUUUGGCGGGUGCCACGGUGCUGUACGUGAAUGCCACAGAUGGCGACCAAUCGCCAGAGUACGGUCAGCUGUCUCUCAUCUACUCCCUGGAGGGCUCUACACAGUUCCGCAUCAACGCUCGCUCUGGAGACAUCACGAGCACCACGCUGCUGGACCGCGAGGCAGUGUCGCAGUACAUCCUGAUCGUGCGGGCGGUGGACGGAGGGGAUGGAAACGACCAGAAGACCGGCAUCGCCACCGUGAACAUCACACUGCUGGACGUGAACGACAACGAUCCCGCAUGGAGAGACCUGCCCUACGCCGUCACCAUCGUGGAGAAUACACCGGGCGGCACCGACAUCUUCACGGUGUCGGCGGCCGACCCGGACCUCAAUGAGAACGGCACGCUCGUGUACGCCAUCGAUCCGCCGAACCCUUUCUACCGAAUCAACGCCGCGUCCGGAAAGAUCCGCACCACGGGGCUACAGCUGGACCGCGAGGACCUCAACCCCAUCUCCUACGCCUCCAUGAGGAGCAUCGUUGUCUCCGGCGCCGACCGCGGCUCCCCCCCGCGCCGCGCCACGGCGAGCGCUACGGUCACGGUGCUGCUGCAGGACGUCAACGACAACGAGCCAAGCUUCGUGGGGCUGCCGUACGCGCUGCAGGUGCUGGAGGGGCUGCCAGCAAACUCGACGCUCUUCCAGGUGACGGCGACCGACCCGGACGAAGGCGCCAACGGUAACGUGACGUACUCCAUGACGGCGGCCCUGCCCAGGCCCGACUUCCAGCUGGACGCCGCCACGGGCCUCAUCACCACCCUCGUGCAGCUCGACCGUGAGGCCGUGGCGGCCUACCAGCUCCGACUGGUGGCCACUGACAGAGGGACGCCGGCGCUAAGCUCCACCACGACCCUCUCGCUCGUCGUGCUGGACGUGAAUGACAACGCGCCGACGUUCCAUCCGGCGCGCUCCGCCGUGUCGCUGAUGGAAAGCGUGGCCCGGGACUCCGUCGUGAUCAGCCUCAACUGCACAGAUGCUGACUCCGGCCUCAACGCCGAGCUCAGCUUCUUCAUCACCGGUGGGAACCAGGACGGGCAGUUCAGCGUCGGCUUCAGGGACGGCUUGGUGCGGACGGUCGUGAGCUUGGACCGAGAGACCAAGGCCUCCUACUCCUUGGUAAUCGAGGCCAUUGACAACGGUCCGGCGGGGAGCCGGCGCACGGGCACCACCACGCUGGACGUGCUGGUGCUCGACGUCAACGACAACCGGCCCCUCUUCCUGGAGGGCAGCUACGAGGUCUCCGUGCCCGAGAAUGUCACGCGCGGCGCCAUCAUCCUGCAGGUCCAGGCCACCGAUAUCGACGAGGGCAUCAACGGCAGAGUCUGGUACAGAAUAAUUUCAGGCAACCAAGACGGCAACUUCUUGGUGAACGUAAGCAGCGGACUGAUUUCCCGCGGCGCAACGCCGCUGGAUCGCGAGACGGUGGCCCUGCAUGUGCUGCAGGUGGAGGCCUUCAACAAUGACAGCGUGGGGCUCAGCAGCAUCAUCCGGGUGACGGUGGUGGUGGAGGAUGUGAACGACGAGGCGCCGACGUUCGCGCAGCAGCAGUACGUCCGCACGGGCCUACGCGAGACGGCCGGCGUGGGCACCUCGGUUAUCGUCGUCAAGGCAAUGGACCGUGACCUGGGCGAUGCGGGAACCGUGCGCUACUCCAUCGCGUCCGGAGGAAACGACACGUUCGGCAUCGACGAGAGCACGGGCCUCAUCGUGACGGUGGCGCCGAUCGACUAUGAGACGCGCCCUGAAUACCUGCUCAUGGUGGUGGCCACCGACCAGGCUCCCCCGUUCCACACGGCGUCGUGCGAGCUGCGGGUGUCACUGCAGAACGAACUCGACGAGAAGCUGUCCUUCUCGCUCGCCGCGUACCAAGCGGCGCUGAGCGAGGCCGCGGUGCCUGGCACCGUCGUGGUGCGCGUGGCCGCCCGCUCGGCCGACGCCCUCGCCGUGAUCUCGUACCGCCUCGACCCUGACACCGACGCCAAGGCCGCCGCGCUCUUCCGCCUCAACAACCUCACCGGAGAGAUCACGACCCAGGCGGCGUUGGACCGCGAGGCCACGGACUCCUACAUGCUCACCGUGCUCUCGCGGGACGGCGGGCCCCGGGAGGCCAUCGCCGUAGUGUACGUGAAUGUGACGGACGAGAAUGACAACAGCCCCGAGUUCGAAGCGGGGAGCGUGACGUUGGUGGAGGUGCGGGAGAGCGCCGCCCCGGGCACGCUGCUCACCGUGCUGCACGCCACGGACCGCGACGCCGGCAGUAACGGCACCGUGAACUACACGAUUGCGGAUGGGAACACGGGGUGGGCCUUUUCCAUCUCCAGAACGUUGACGGGAAGUGGGGAGGUGCGCGUGGCACAGCCCCUCGACAGAGAGACCGUCGAGGGAUACUGGCUCCGGAUCGUGGCACUGGAUGGAGGCUCCCCACCCCGCUCCACCACCUUCAACUUGUCCGUCAUCGUGCUGGACGUGAACGACAAUGUGCCCAUCUUCCUGAGCCCCGGCGGCUACGCCGUCAGCGUGGUGGAGAAUGUGGGCGGCGGCACGACAGUGGUGCGGGUUCGUGCGUCGGACCGCGACGCGGGGCCCAAUGCGGCGCUGUCUUACUACAUCACGGCGGGCGACGCCGCGCAGACGUUCCGCAUCGACCGCGCGUCAGGGGAGAUCAGCACGCGGCCCGAGCCACCCGACCGCGAGCGCCGUGCCGCGUACAACCUCACCAUCACCGUGGAGGACGACGGCAACCCCGCCCUCUCGGCCACCACCUCCGUGCUGAUCCGCAUCACGGACGAGAACGACAACGCGCCGGCGUUCGGGGCCGCGACCUACGAGGUGCUCCUGACGGAGGGGCCCAGCACGGCAGGCGUCGCCGUCGCCAACGUCACCGCCUCCGACCCCGACGAGGGCGACAACGCCCGCGUCGUCUACGCCAUCGUGAGCGGCAACACCGCCGCCACGUUCGGCAUCGACAACGGCACGGGCGUGCUCACCGCCGUGAAGGCGCUGGACUUUGAGGUGAGCGCCGGCCUCUACCUGCUGGUGGUGACGGCGACCGACCAGCCCCGCGACCCUGCGCGGCGUCUCACCUCCACCGCCACCGUGAGCGUGCACGUGGCGGACGUGAAUGACGUCACGCCGUGGUUCCUACGCUCCUACGAGGGCCCCAUCGACGUCUCUGAAGGGCAACCCGGCCCUCGCAUCGCCACCUUCAUGGCCAGCGACCAGGACUCAGGCCUCAAUGGCGAACUCGAGUACAGCAUCAUAGACGGGGACCCCCGCAAUGAGUUCGUGAUCUCCCCAGCCGAUGGAGACCUCAGGGUCAGACGUUACGUGGAGCUCGACCGUGAGACCCAGGCUUUCUACAACCUCACCAUCAUGGCCAAAGACAUGGGCACCCCUCCACUCAACUCCACCCUGACGGUGGGCGUGCGCGUGCUGGACGUCAAUGACAACGACCCCGUGUUCCUCAACCUGCCGGCCAACGCGUCGCUGAGCGAGGCGGCGGCCGUGCUGGCCAUCGUGAGCCGCGUGCGGGCGAGCGACGCAGACGAGGGCCGCAAUGCGCUGCUCUCCUACAGCAUCACCGACGGCAACACGGGCGGCGCCUUCGCCAUCAACGACACGACGGGGCUCGUUUACGUGAACCGGCCGCUGGACCGCGAGCGCGUGGCCGAGUACAGACUCACGCUGACGGUCCGCGACAACCCCGACAACCCCAGCUACGCUCGCAAGGAUUCCGACAUCAUGAUUGUGACCAUUCUGGAUGAAAACGAUAACAGUCCGGUAUUUUCUCAAGUCACGUACGAGGCAGAGAUCCCGGAGAAUUCUCCAAACGGAACGGUCCUGACGGUGCUCAACGGGCCCAUCUAUGCGAGCGACGCCGACUUUGGGGUGAACGCGACGCUCGCGUACUCGCUGCUGGGGGGCAGCUCGGCGUACUUUCUCAUCGACCGCGACAGAGGGAACGUGUCAAUGGCGUUGGGGCAGGGUCUGGACCGCGAGGGUAUCCCUGGGGGGCGCCUGGAGCUCACCAUCCUGGUGCAGGAUGGGGGUCGGCGGAACGCGACGGUGCGGCUCGGGGUCACCGUGCUGGACGUCAACGACAACACGCCCACCUUCAACGUGACGUCGCAAACCGCGCACGUGCUCGAGAACAGCCCUGCAGGAACGCUGGUGGCCUCCGUUUGGGCCACGGAUGCGGAUGCGGGCCCCAAUGGCCAGGUGACUUUUCGCAUCGAGAGCGGCGGUGGGGACAAGCUGAGCAUCGGCCCCAGCGACGGCAUAAUUCGCGUGGCCCCGGGCGCCAACAUCGACCGCGAGACGCGGGCCGCCUACACACUCAUGGUCGUGGCCGUGGACAGGGGAAACCCCCCGCUCUCGGGCAGCGCCAUCGUGCGGGUGCUUGUGGACGACGUGAACGACGAGCGCCCGGCCUUCCUGGCGCCCGUGCAGACUGUGUCCGUGCUCGAGUCGCUCUCCGUGGGCUCCUUCGUGGCCACGGUGACCGCUCUGGACCUCGACCUGAACCCCCAGCUGGAGUACUUCAUCAUCGAGGUUCUGGCGUACGAUGACGCCAAUGCCAUCGUGCCGAACCAGUGGAACGUCUUCGCUAUCGACUUCACCACAGGCGAUGUGCGCCUCAACUCGGCGCUGGACCGAGAGAAGGUGGCCUCGUACGUACUCACCGUCUCCGUGCGGGACAAGGCCAGCGGCUCAAUCAACGUGUCCGUCAGCAACCCCAAUGCCGUGCUGACGGUGAGCGUGGUGGACGUGAACGACAACGCGCCGUGGUUCCGCCCACGCGGCGUGGCGGCCUUCAGCGACGCGGUCAUCGAGGGCGCGCUGCCCGGCACUACGCUGCUCUCCGUGUCGGCCGUCGACCCUGACAAGGGCCCCAAUGGCGAGGUCAGCUACCAGCUGCUCGACUUGCCUGCCGGGCAGUACGUGCGGCUGGACGACCCCGUGUCAGGCAAGAUCACCAUCAACCGCACGAUCGACUACGAGCAGGUCAAGUGGCUCAACUUCACGGUGCGAGCGCAGGACCGCGGGACACCGCCCCGCAACACGGACGCACCCGUCUCCAUCCGCAUCAUCGACAUCAACGACAACAACCCUAUCUUCAACCCCGCCUCCUACAGUAAAUCGGUGUUUGAGGACGUGGCGCCCGGCACGGUGCUGAUGCGUAUCACCGCCACCGACGCCGACUCGGGAAACUUCGCGGUUGUCGUCUACUCCCUCGUGGACGGAGAGGGGAAGUUUGGCAUCACACCAUCCACGGGCGAGCUGUACGUGCUGUCCCCGCUCGACCGCGAGAAGAAGGACCAGUACACGCUGACGGUGACGGCCCGAGACAACCCCGGGGACCUGAGAUCCAACCAGAGAGAGAACUCGGCACAGGCGUACGUGACGGUGAUCGACGUGAACGACGUGAGGCCCGUGUUCUCGCUGCCCGGAUACCAGACGGCCGUGUACGAGAACGAGCCGGCGGGCACCUCCGUGCUCACACUCACCGCCACCGACCUGGAUGAAGGGGACAAUGGGCGGGUGGACUACUCCCUGCAGGGCCCUGGAUCCGACGCGUUCACGGUGCACGCGACCUCGGGCCUGGUGACCUCGACCCGGCUGCUCAAGUCGUACGAGCGCUUCAACCUGACGGCUGUGGCCACCGACCACGGGCGGCCCCCGCUAUGGGGCCAGGCGGGCCUCUACGUCGAGGUGCUCGACGUCAACGACCACCGGCCCGUGUUCGUGCUGCCGCCCAACGGCACCGUUGUCAACAUCACCGAGGAGCGUGAGGCCGGCUUCUUCGUGUACGAGGUCCUCGCGGUGGACGGAGACGAGGGCCAGAACGGCGCCGUGCGCUACAGCUUCCUGCACGCCGGCGGCGUAGGCAGCCGCGAUUGGGAGAGCUUCCGCAUCAACGCCACGAGCGGAAUCAUCAGCACGGCGCGCGCCCUCGACCGCGAGAGCCAGGCCGUCUACAGCCUGAUCCUGCUGGCCUCGGAUCAGGGCCAGCCCGUGUCCUACGAGUCCACGCAGCCGCUGCAGGUCGUGCUGGACGACAUCGACGAUAACGAGCCCGUGUUCAUCGUGCUGCCUGACGGCGGAGCUCCGUACCAGUCGUUCUCCAUUCCCGAGCACUCCCCGCCGGGCACGGCGGUCGGGAACGUGAGCGGCGCCGUCGACGCCGACGUUGGCGCCAACGCCAUUGUCUACUACUUCAUCGCAGCCGGGAACGAGGGGAACAAGUUCAACUUGAGCCGCUGGGGCCUCCUGGUGGUGCUGAGUGACCUGGACCGCGAGGUGAGCCCCUACUACGCCAUCAUCGUCAAGGCCUCCAGCAACCCCAACUGGACCCCUGCCGUGGCCGCGAGGGCCCGCCAGGCCCUGGCCUCGCCCUCCCAGGCCCAGGCGGCCCAGGCCGUGACGACGGGCCCGGAGUUCGACCCCUCGAAGGACCGCACGCUCCGCGAGGUCAGGGUUUAUCUGGAGGACAUCAACGACCAGUGGCCGGUCUUCACCAACCACGAGUACACAGCAGGCGUAGCGGUGGACGCCAAGGUGGGCUCGGAGCUGCUGCAGCUGGAGGCAGUGGACCGGGACGUGGGGAACAACAGCAUCGUGCUGUACCGCAUCCUCAGCAUACUCUACAUUAAGCACAGCAGCAACAGCUCCACGCGCAUGUACAACAUCUUCACCCUGGGCGAGCGCGACGGCAUCCUGCGCACGUACGACCUCUUCACGGCGUACGGCCCAGGCUACUUCAUGCUCGAGGUUGUGGCCGCCGAUCUGGCCGGCCACAACGACACGGCGACCGUGGGUGUGUACAUCCUGCGCGACGACCAGCGCGUCAAGAUCGUCAUCAACGAGACUCCGGAGCGCGUGCGCGCAUUCCAGGAGCAGUUCGUCAAGCUGCUGUCCAACAUCACGGGUGCCAUCGUCAACACCGACGAUGUGCAGUACCACGUGGACAGUAACGGGCGGGUGAACUUCGCCCAGUCGGACGUUCUCAUCCACGUCGUCAACAAAGACACCAAUCAAAUCAUGGAUGUCAGCAGGGUAAUCGCUCUCAUAGAUGACAACAAGGAGCAGCUAAAGAACCUCUUCCGGAAUUAUAACGUGCUUGACGUUCAGCCGGCCGUCGUGGCCACAAGGUCCGACGACCUCACCUCCCUACAAAUGGCCGUCGUCAUCCUGGCCAUUCUGCUCGUCCUGGUGAUUGCCAUCCUCGUGGUCAUGAACUGGUACUACAGGACCACUCACAAGCGGAAGCUAAGAGCCAUCGUUGCUGGCUCUCUCGGCAACCAGCAGGGCUUCAUGGACAUCCUGGACAACAUGCCCAACACAAACAAGUUCGCCGUGGAGGGGGCCAACCCGGUGUGGCUGGACCCUUACUACCGUGACAUGGAGUUGGCGGCGCAGGCCGAGCAUGACGAUGGCCUUCCGGACAACCUCAGCGACAUCACCGAGCUGUGGAACAGCCCCGCCAAGACCCACGGCACAUUUGGCCGAGAUCCGCUGACAGGAAGCACCAAACCCGAGGACGACCGCUACCUGCGCGCUGCCAUCCAGGAGUAUGACAACAUCGCACGGCUCGGCCAGAUCAUGCGCGACGGCCCCGUCAAGGGCUCGCUGCUCAAGGUGGUGCUGGACGACUACUUGCGCCUCAAAAAGCUGUUUGCAGCGCGCGUGCUGCACAAGUCGCUUAGCAUCGCCGAGAGCUCAUCCACCACCGAGCUCAUACCAGCGGGAUCCGAUGACGCGGACGAGGCGGCGAGCGGCAGCGACCAGCAGCGGGAUGGGCUGGCGGACCCCGAGCAGGUGGUGGCCUCGCUGCGCCUACGCCACCACCCCCCCGUGGAGCUUCCCGGCGGAGGGGAGGGAGUGCGCGCCCUGCAGGGCAGCGCGGGCACGCUGCUAACCUCCGACCCCGGCAGCCUCCACGAGGACGAGCGGCGAGCGGGCGCCGGGCGGGCGGCCGGGCACGACAGGUCGCGGUCGGGGUCGGCGUCGGGGCCCGGGUUGGCCGGGGCGGUCGCCGAUGGCCUGGCGCGCAGCUCCGAGACGGUGCGCACGGACGAGGGCUACGGCGAGUCGGCCAAGUCGACGCCGGCUCACCGCUACAGGCCGUGCGACGGUCGGGGGGCGCACCCGGCCAAGGGGGCGCACGCUGCCAAGGGCAUCGGUGGCUUGGACAACUCGACCACGUGCACCAUCCCCAUCAACAAGAGCAUCAUUGCCGCCGGGCAGGAGAUCCUCGAGGUGACAGAACUCUGACCGGAGAAAUGCAGAGCCACGCAAGGGUCGUAAAACAAACAGAUGCUCGCUCACAUUUUAUACAGGUCUACUCCAAACGAUGCCGGUUGAUAAUUGUGAACGUGCGCGUACGUCCAUAAACUUAAUUGAUUACCAAGUGAGAGCCCAUUGAGGCCAAAGUCACUUUUGCAGGAGUGGGAAUGUGAUCUACGGUAUGAGCGAUUCCUGAGGUUAAAUCUAUGAAAAUAUACCCAGAGAUCACGUGUGAAAGCACAUGUCUAAGAUGGCCCACUCUUGUGCGCCUUACUGAACCACACGGUGACGUCGUGGCCCUGUGGUCAUGUAAAAACUGUUACGACUCAGUGAACGACUGCUCUAGCACAGGCAUGGUCGGGGCCAAGUUAACGAACACCACAAAGGACCAGAGCCAUUGGCUUCAGAAAUGUUUGAAACCAGUAAAGCAGAAUUGUUUACAACUGUAAAAUCGUUUACUCGCUUGAAGGAAGAUGCAACCCGCAAAAAGCGCUGUCUUGUGUCGAUCCGUACCCAGGCACAAUUUAAAACUCUGUGAACAGAAAUUAAGACUUUACAUUGACUUACAAGCAUGAUCAAGUGAUGUCAUUGGUGCAUAGCUGUGACCUGAAACUCUCACGAGAGCCUUUUGUCACGAGCAAAGCUCAAGGCUUACGUGGGACAAGCUGGCACGCACAGGCCUAGGUGCGUAUUGGCACGAGAAGAGCAACUGGUGAUGAGGUUUUGUCUUCCUUUGAAAAUGUUUCAAAGGAUCUUUGCAAGAUUAUAUUAACUAUUUUGACAUCCCUCUUGAAGAUGAUUAAGAUAGCAUUUGCUGAUGGUUAGUGUUUAAUUAAAAUAUGCUGUCAUGCAGUCAUAUACAUGCACUGCUAUCUUUCAAUAUUGUACCAGUACUAUACUUAGAUGUACGUAUUUUAACCUUGUAUCACAAGUGCAUAUACAUUCCAUAUAAAAAGCCACACUUUUCCUAUUAAAACAUGUAGUCUCCUCCCUAUUGGCAUUGAGCUCAACUAUCUGUAGGAUAUUUAAUUUGUCAACAUUGAAAUAAUAACGUUAUUUUAAUGAGACUUAUUUUUGAAUAUUGUGAAAUAAAUAUUUACAUAUCAUUUAAAA